AUGGCUUCUGGGAGUGUUGAAGAUCAUAGAAGGAAAUGGGAUAGAGACCAUUAUAUUAGGUUAGCUGCUGAAAGGCUUCGAGAGGAAUUAGAAAAAGAAGAAAAAGGGAAAGAUAAACAUAUGCCAGUCAAGAGAGAGUUACUCAAACAAAGAGAUUACAGAGUAGAUCUUGAGUCAAAGUUGGGAAAAAGUGUUGUUAUAACUAAGAGUACACCAUCCUCUCAAAGUGGAGGAUAUUAUUGCAAUGCAUGUGAUUGUGUUGUCAAAGAUUCAAUUAAUUUUCUAGAUCAUAUUAACGGAAAAAAACAUCAGAGAAACUUGGGAAUGUCAAUGAGAGUUGAGAGAUCAUCCCUAGAUCAAGUUAAAAAAAGAUUUGAAUUAAAUAAAAAAAAAUUAGAAGAAAAGGAAAAGGACUAUGAUAUUGAAUCUCGAGUUAAAGAGCUAAAGGAGGAAGAGGAUAAAUUGAAAGAAUACAGGAAAGAACAAAAACGAGCUAAAAAAAGACUUCAUAGUGAAAUAUCAAAAGAAGAUGGUGAAUCAGGUGCACAAGAUGAACUUUCUGCUAUAAUGGGUUUUUCUGGAUUUGGUUCAUCUAAAAAAUAA